CCACCGAGGGCAGCGGCAUCCGAGGGGUGCGCUGGGCAGCCCCCCCCCCCCCCCCCCCCCCCAGCUUCGGCUGCCCCACGGGACCCUCGGGGAUGGCAGCCGCUGCCCCCCUCCAUCCUGCUGACGAGGGUUGGGUGUCCCCACGGAGCCCCCGGGCCACGCGUGGGGGGAGCAGGAUGGAUCGGGGACCCUCUCGUCGGUUGCCCGGCGGCCGUGGCCCGUAGCCGUGGGGAGAGCUGGCCGGGACCAGGCUCGUGACGUGACACGGCGUGGACACUGCGGGGAAGCCUGACACUUGUGCGAAGGGUCUGUGGAGGAACUUGGGGGGUGGGGAGCCCCUUCCUUCCCCUUUGCUGGGAGAGAGUCCAGCACCCGGCCGAACCGAACCGAACCGAGCCGAGGCAAACUGAGCUGAGCUAAGUGCCUGGGGAGCAGGACAUGGGAACCCCCACGGCUCCGGGGACGCGGGCGCUGCCUCUCGCCUGCCUGAUGCUGCUCCUGCUCCGAGCCCCGGGUGUGGAUGCCCAGGGGAGUCAGGACUUUGAGCUGCUGCAGCCCCAGGACAAGGUGUCGGUGGCAGCGGGGGACACGCUCACCCUGACCUGCACCAUGUCCAGAGGCGGCCUCUUUGGCCCCGUGAAGUGGCUGAAGGGCUGGGGCAGCGGGAACGAGACCGUUUAUGAGCAGACGGGCUCCUUCCCCCGCGUGACGAGGGCAGAGAAUGGGUCCAACACAGACUUCACCAUCCGCAUCAGCGACGUUCAACCUGAGGAUGCCGGCACCUAUUACUGCGUGAAGUUCCGCAAAUUGCUGGGCAGUGCUGAUGAGGUGUUCCGGCGUGGAAAGGGCACGGUGGUGUCUGUGGAUGGUGAGACCCUCCUGUCCAGCCCCAUCCUGUGGCUUGGCAUCCUGCUGGAGAAGGGGCUCCUCGGCGGCCUCCUCAUCUUCCUCUUCAAGCGCAGGAGGCCGUGAGGAUGGAAACACCGAGGUCACCGCCCCGUGUCAGCCCCUGGUUCCUCGGGGUUUGUCAUGUGUAUCUGGAAAUAAAGGGCUGGGAUGAA